AACAUUACUUAAUGCGCUUGCCUUGUUAUCUUGUUUGACAUCGUAACAAGUCCCGCUGAUUGUAUUCUGACUACCCGUCCGUUUAGAGCGCCGUAACCGACUACUGGUGUAUAAGUGUGUAUCAGUGAAGUAUAGUUGGUGUAUUUAGCUGUUGGGAACCAUACCAUUGAGCGUUCAUGUUACGGCCGAUCUGUAAGGUUCGAGAGACAAGUGUACAUGCCUCGUCGGGCAGUGGGGACAUGCUGGGGACUCACGCUGAUUUUUCUUACUUCCAUCAUCUGUCUUCGUCCAUUUCGUCGUGUCCAAGGACUUCUGAAUACAUAAAUAUGCUGCAGGCGCUGCUACGGAUAAUUAUCAUACCAGUCUAAGGCAGCUUUCUAUAGUUCACCACCGAAUAACGAAGAAUUUAAACUUGUGUGAGGAAACAAUUUUCACUUCUCUUGGAAUAUGUGUGCAAUGAUUGUUUAUAUACAAAGAGACAUAUCCCAAAAGUAUCAUGAAGAUUUUAAUAUGUGUGUGCGCGUGCCUGUUAGUGACAACUUGGAUCGAAGCGAAAGUUCACAAUGUCACUGUGGGUUACCUAACUGUGGAUCAGUCGGAUGGAUAUGUGAGGAACAAACAAGCCCGACUUAUUUCGGGAGCAAUUUCCUAUGCCAUUGAGCAAAUAAAUCGCAGCCCUUCCCUCCUUAAAGACUACCAUCUGAAUUUGGUGUGGAAAGAUACAAAGGCAAGUACCCUUUUGGGUACCAAACUGCUCACCCAUCUAUGGAGGGACGGAGCGGUGGCCUUCUUCGGUCUAGAGGACAGCUGCAAUGUGGAAGCAAGGGUUGCGGCUGCCUGGGAUCUUCCAAUGCUAUCCUAUAAAUGUGCUGAUUAUGACGUUUCGGAUAAGAAGAAAUAUCCAACAUUUGCACGAACGUUUCCUCCAGCAACACAAGUCACCAGGUCCAUCAUCUCAAUCCUUCUACAUUUCAAAUGGAGUCGGUUUUCCUUGAUUGUCGGUUCGUCACAUAAACAACAGACGAUUGCAGAGAAACUCCUUGAGCUAGCGAAGAGCUAUGACAUCGUACUUAAUGAUCGAAAGGACUACACAGAACCUCAUAUCCCGCUUACAACCGGCAACCCCUUCCCCGGAAUUGUCGAGAACACAUUUAUUGACACCCGAGUGUACGUUUUCCUGGGAGAUAUAAAUGGUGUUGUGGAUUUGAUGACGAAUCUUUACGACCGCGGGCUGCUCGACACAGGAGAAUAUGUUGUCAUUUUUGUCGACCAUGGAAUGUUCGACGUAAACGCACCUCUAAAAUACUUCAGACGCACAACUGACAGUCCGAACGACACGAGAAACAUAGAGGCUUCCAGAUCCUUACUCAUUAUCACCUCUAGUCCUCCAUCUAACCCUGACUACGAAGACUUUGAAAUCACCGUCAACGAUUACAACGAAAGGCCACCUUUUAAUUUCCCUAACCCAUUUAGAAUUAGAAAAAAGAUCACCGUGUAUGCUGCCUACCUAUAUGACGCUGUGAUGCUGUACGCACGGGCUGCUCAGGAGGAGUUGGACAAGGGAGGGAGCAUCAUAAACGGAACAGCAAUCAUCAAUAGAAUACUGUCAAGAGAGUAUGAAAGUAUCCUAGGUGUAACGACAAAGAUAGACAGGAACGGUGAUGCUGAGGGCAACUACACAUUACUGGCUCGUGUUCCAUUUGUCACUAAGUCUGCGUCCUACUCUAUGUUGCCUGUGGGGCAUUUUGAAAUGGCAACUGGUCACCACGUGCUUAGAUUUUUCCCUGGACAAUCUGUUGACUGGGUAACAGGGGAACCCCCGAUUGAUCAGCCUGCGUGUGGCUACAGAGGAGAAAAGUGCAUUCCUGUAAAAGGCUACACACUGGAAAUCAUCGGUGGUGUCCUUGGAGGUAUAACGAUGGUGGCAAUUAUCAUAGCUUCGGUUGUGUAUCGGAACUGGCGUUAUGAACAAGAAAUUGCAGGCCUUCUGUGGAAAAUCCCUAUAUCAGAGAUACACAUGCCAAAUCAUUCUUCCUCGCCACAUGAACGCCGCGACAGCCUAAGUAGCAAGAUAUCCCUGAACAGCCAGCAGUCGUUUGACUCAAGGAUGUCGUUUACUCAAAUCUACACUAGGACGGCUACUUAUAAGGGGCAAAUGGUGGCUCUUAAAAUUUAUGAAAAGAAGGACUUUGUGUUGAGCCGCAAGAUGCAGAAAGAAAUGAAAACGAUGCGGGACAUCCGGCACAAUAACGUUAACCCGUUUAUAGGAGCAUGUGUUAAUCCUCCCACAUUUAUCCUGCUCACCGAGUACUGCAUCAAAGGCAGUCUACAGGACAUAUUGGAAAACGAGGUCAUCAAGCUGGAUGAAAUGUUCAUUGCAUCGCUAGUAAAGGAUAUAAUACAGGGAAUGUCAUUUCUGCAUGGGUCCGAACUUAACGUUCACGGAAACCUGAAGAGUUCAAAUUGUGUGGUCAAUAGCCGCUGGGCGUUACAAGUGGCAGAUUUCGGACUACUGGAAGUGAGGGCUGGGACAUACAAAAUGGAAGACGAGCACGCGUUCUAUAGGAAUUCAUUCUGGCGAGCUCCUGAACAUAUCCGUGACCUUAACAAAAGUGGGUCACAGAAAGGGGAUGUUUAUUCUUUCGGAAUCAUACUACAUGAGAUUAUUGGGAGGGCUGGUCCCUACGGCUACUGUAAUAUGUCGCCGAAAGAAAUAAUUGACAACGUAAAGAAAGGAGGUCGUCCAAUAUUCCGUCCAGAUACCAAGUAUCUCAAAUGUGAACAAUAUGUCAUUGACUGCAUGCGCAGUUGCUGGGACGAAGAUCCGGAACUACGUCCUGACUUUAGAGUUAUAUCUAAAACUCUGUCUCCGAUGCGGAAGGGGAUGAAGCGGAACAUCUUCGAUAACAUGAUGACGAUGAUGGAAAAAUACCAGUCACAUCUCGAGGAGUUGGUUGAAGCCCGUACAGACCAGCUGGUGGAGGAAAAGAAAAAGACAGAGGCCCUACUGCACCGUAUGCUACCUAGUUCCAUUGCUGAACAGCUGAAGAGAGCAGAGUAUGUAGAGCCCGAGUCCUUCCAGUCCGUCACAAUAUACUUCAGUGAUAUAUGUGAAUUUACGCGACUGUCUGCGGAGAGUACGCCAAUGGAGGUCGUUAACCUGCUGAAUGACCUUUACACGUGUUUCGACUCCAUAAUCCGGAACUAUGACGUGUACAAAGUAGAGACAAUAGGUGACGCCUACAUGGUAGUCAGUGGAAUCCCCAACCGAAAUGGCGACAAUCAUGCUGGUGAGAUCGCAUCAAUGUCAUUGGAACUCUUGAGAGCAAUAAAGAAAUUCACAAUUCGUCACCGACCUAAUGAAGUACUUCGGUUACGGAUCGGCAUACACUCUGGGCCGUGUGUGGCGGGAGUUGUUGGGUUGACGAUGCCCCGGUAUACAUUGUUUGGAGAUACCGUGAACACGGCUUCAAGGAUGGAAUCCAACGGUGAAGCUUUAAAGAUCCACUGUAGCAAGGAAUGCAAGGUAUUGCUGGAAAAACAGGGAGGGUACACGAUGACAGAACGAGGUUUAGUCAGCAUGAAGGGAAAGGGAGAGCUGUUUACGUACUGGCUAAUAGAUGAAGACCCUUCUAUUCGGCAUGAGAGGCUGAGGCGGUGUAGUGAACUGUUCAAAUACAAUUCUCCCUGGGCACGUGAGAGCAGACGAGCGUAUUUGCGUCAUAUAAACGAUGAUUACAUGUUGGAAGAAUCCCUUCCGGAUUUGUCGUAUUUAGACAACAAUGGUGACAUUCAGAAAAAGGCAGAUCAACCAAUUCUGGAAAUUCUAAGAGAAAGUGAAGUGAACCCAAUUAGAAGUGACUCUCCGAAGCAUUUCUCUUCCACUUUAGAACGCGGGGAAUCCCCGAGACAACAUUCUAGUAGACUUCUCAAAUCACCCAUUGCUAACAAGAUCCGGCAUGGUCCGAACGGAAUUCUGUUUGAUGAACGGCGUUUACGUAAUGUUGACCGGGCUGGUUCCGGUCAGGACAUCGUAGAAAGGGCUGCUUUAAUGCUGGAUAUAGAUGAUAUGGACAGUAAUAUGUACACAUGUGAGACGCGGAGUGGUUCUGUUGGAAACAGAAACCAUGUAAACGUCAUCAUGCCUAACUCACUCCCGGAAAACUCAAAUGGACAUUCGUAUAUGGAUACUGGGACAGGAAAUAACAACAAUACAUCUGAAAAGGGGGAAAAUAUCGCAAUGGAGGAACAUUGGCACAAUUCGGACAUGGUUUCAUCUCCGCUGCUUUAGUUCAGCAUCGGUUACAUCAUGUCAUGUGUAUAAAAUACAUUUCUCAACGCUCAUUACAGUGGCCUAUAUCAAUGGUGUAUCUCAUCAUAUCAUUAACGAGAAACUAUAUUGAAAACGAUGUGUACAACAUUGAAUCAAUGACUUCCUUAUGUUGUACUUUUACUUGCAAGAUUACUUAAACAAUCAAAGUGCAUUAUAAUUCCUUACAAUAUGGGACAUAUGCAAAACCAAAGCUCAGUGUAGGCUGUCGACAUCCUACAGAUGUCUUGUUUGUGUCUGUACAAAAUGUUCUAAUUUAAUUCUCAAGUGAUGUAUUUACAAUUCUAUAUUUUUCAGUGAUAUCUCCUUUAGAGCAGUAUUUAAGUUUUACAUUCCUUUUUAUUUUAUUUAUUUCCAUUAUUUGUUUGAAUUGUCUCCCAUUUCCGUUUAUGUCGCUCCUGUCAUCUGUGGCGUACUGUUGCCAGUGAGUGCCAGCAAUGACACUGAUUGAAUUGUCUCCUCUCUCCGUCUUCGAAUCCGUUGGCUUUCAUUUAUCGCCCAUGUAACCAUUGAAUUCUGUUGUCAAGACUCAGCUGACAGGGUUUACCGACUGAAUUGUCUCCCCUUUCCACCGUAUCUCGUUUACCCCGUGACUUUCCGUUGUCAGGCUGUGCUGGCAGUGUUACCGACUCAGGCUGUAUCAGUGUUACAGGGUUUAUUUAUACCUGUGAUAUUCUCAAUUAAACAAAUCAAAUAUUAAAA